UUUCGUUCGGUGGGCUUUAAACUAGCUUCAUCGGGGGAAGGGGCUGCCCAAGGAGGAAGGGAUACUUCAACUAGCAAGGCGACAAAAGAAACAGAAACCCAGGUGAUUCUUAUCAGUGUUUCCAGCCUUGACAGUCAGUGGGGCCUGUGGCAAUAGAUGCAUUUCCACCAAACAGUAGCCACGCAAUAAUGCAUGUCCACCACAAGAUAAUAGAAACCAAACCUGAAUCCUUAGUAAAGAAGAAGGCCUUUUAAAAAGAACCCCUGACAAAGACCAGGAGGUUUUCAUAAGAAAAUUACUCAUCAUGACUGAUGCAACAACUGAAUUUCUCUAUGAUGAAGACUCUCUUGUUUGUAAUAAAAUGGACAUCCAAACGUUUGGAAAAGUAUUCUUGCCAGUAUUUUACACUAUUGUGUUUCUCCUUGGCUUGGUAGGUAAUCUCCUUGUGGUUUUUGCCUUCCUAAAGGCUGGCAAUAAAAAGAGUACCGCUGACAUUUAUCUCUUGAACUUAGCUAUCUCAGACCUUUUCUUUGUGAUCUCUCUUCCAUUUUGGGCUUUCUAUGUGAGAAAAGGAUGGACACUUGGAACUGUUUUCUGCAAACUCAUUUCCUCACUCUAUUAUGUGGGUUUCUUUGGUGGCAUGUUUUUUAUCACAGUUGUAAGUAUAGAUAGAUAUCUGGCUAUAGUUCAGGUAACUUUUUCUCUGAAAUCCAGAACAAUCGGCCAUGGCUGUAUUAUUGCUCUUUUUGUGUGGAUAGCAGCGGCAUUAUUCUCAGUGCCACAAUUUGUGUUCACUGAAAAGGUAAACGAACAGUGCACCGUGAAUUACCCAGAAGAUCUCCAAAUUAUUUGGCCAAUUUUUUGCAACAUAGAAAUGAAUGUCAUAGGGUUUCUGAUCCCAAUCUGUAUCAUGAGCUACUGCUACUUUGGGAUCAUCAGGACACUGCUUUCCUGCAAAAAUCAUAAAAAAACUAGAGCUAUCAAGUUGAUUUUAGUGGUGGUGAUUGUGUUUUUCCUCUUCUGGACCCCAUACAAUGUACUGAUUUUUCUAGACACUUUAAAGAACUAUUUCAACUUCUUUUCAAAAUGUGACCAUUCAAUAGUUUUAGACUAUGCCAUGCAUGCAACUGAAACCCUAGCAUUCAGUCACUGCUGUCUUAAUCCAAUUAUCUAUGCUUUUGCUGGUGAAAAAUUCAGGAAAUAUCUUUGCUCAUUAUGCCUAAAGUGCUGUUCAUUCAUUUGCUUCUGUGGGCCCCGCAGCUGGUACCAAGCUGGCCCUUCACGUAUCCCUCCAGACAGUAUUCCAAGCAGUAACCAGACCCAGAUUACCAGCGAUCCAGGUGCCUUGCUCGUUCUGUGAAGGACUUUGUUAAGAAAUAAAUAUGUCUUUGAUAGAGGUUAUCAUUC